UUGACCGGUUACUCUUGAAUGGGUGUGCACCAGGCACUUGACCGGGUACUCUAGGAGGACUAAGAGGACUUACGUGGCAGAAGACCGGUUAAUUAUUUAGAGUUUACAUUUGGAUUUCCCAAUAAUUCAAAAGUGACAAGUCAGAGAGAAAGACUAGGUGAUUUCAAAAGUGACAGGUCUGAGAAGAAGACUUGAUGAUUACCAAAGUGCCAGGUCCGAUGAACCCCAAAAGCGCCAGGUCUGAUGAACUCCAAAGUAUCGGGUCUGAUGAACUCCAAAGUACCAGGUCUGAUGAACUCCAAAGUGCCAGGUCUGAUGAUCUCCAAAGUGCCAGGUCCGAUGAGCCCCAAAAGCGCCAGGUCUGAUGAACUCCAAGGUGCCAGGUCUGAUGAAUUCCAAAGUGCCAGGUCUAAUGAACCCCAAAGCGCCAAGUCUGAUGAACUCCAAAGUGAUACGUGUGAUGAUCCGCAAAGUGCCAAAUCUGAGGAACCCCAAAGUGCCAGCUUCAAUUCAGCUCCCAAUCUUCAUUUCAAAACUUCUUCUUCAAGCCAAACUUCAACUGCUGAACUCUACAUUUCUCUGAAACGAAUUUGUUUCGCUUCAGCUGCAAUGAAGCGGAAGCAGUUCCGAGAAGCGGUUGCCGAGCUCGAUCCGCCGCCGCCUUCACAGUUACAGCUCAAUUUCGCCGUGAAGAGGAACCUACGAUCUAAGCUUCCUCGUAGAUGUCGUUCUAAGUUCUCUCCGAUUCUCCGCUCUGCUAUGCUCGUCGUCUCGACUGAUGCCUCAUUCGCGUCCGGAAUAUCUUCAGUGCGUUGCUCGGAAGUUAAGUCUAGAUCCGGCGAAACUGAGAAGAAGGACGUUCAAUUGGAGUUGUCCGAGUCCUCGUGCGUGGAGUCGAAUUCUGGAGCUUGUAGAGGUUACGGCGAAUUGAAGUUGAAGUUCAAACUGAAGAAGCCUGAAAAUGCGAACGGAAUUGAGGAUUCCGAGGCGGCCGUUCGAUCGGAGGUUUCCAGCAUUGAUAGAUUUUCACUACCGGUCAAAGCUAGGAGGUCCGAGAGUCAGAACGAGAGCGUAACAGGAAUGGCAAAGGAAAUCGACGAGAGCGAGAUUUCGAGUCAGACAAAAUUUUCCGGCGAAGUAUCAAAUAUCACGGCGGAGAAAGUGAAACGAAGUGAGGAUGCGUUUGAUUUCAUUGAAAACGAUGUCGUUUCGCUCAGUUCUGCUUUAGAGUCCGCUGCUGAAUCGAAAUUUGCAGAGAGCAGAGCAUUUGGUGACGAGGUGUCUAAGCCGGAAUCUGGUGCGCGGGGCAUACAGAAACCGCUUGCAACCGACUUUGAUCUGGAAUGCUCGGAGCAGUUAUUUCACGGCGAUGAGGUUUUAGAUGAUUACUCCUCUGCGUACUCUGAGCUUCAGACGGAUAUUCUCCUGGAAGAUUCCCAAUUGGAGCUCUCCGAUUAUAGCCCGUCAAUUUGGUGCGACUCAGGUAGCCAAUUCUCUGAGCAAUAUAGUAGUGAGGAUUGUCCUUCACAUACUUUCCAGUUGUUCCGUCAGUUCAGCCAAGAGUUCCACUGGUCAACCAAUGCUCUGGAAGACUCGGCAUACCUUGGAGAUGACACCAUUUGCGGAGAGAUCACUUUGGGAUUGGGAGAAGAGGAUGAAGAGAGCUACAGGAUGCUUAGAAGCAGAGAGAGAAGGCAAGUGUAUUUAAGAGACUACACCAAGGAGUACUGCUCGGACACAUGCUAUGGCGAGCUGGUCAUUCAGCAGCGGCUGAAGAUGGUCCAUUGGAUUGUCCAGCAAGCUGCAAAGAAUGAACUUCAAAAGGAGACAAUGUUCUUAGGAGUUAACCUCUUCGACCGGUUUCUAACAAAAGGAUACUUCAGAGAUGAGAAGAAACUUCAAAUAGCUGGCAUUGCUUGCCUAACCCUUGCCACCAGAAUAGAAGAAAACCAGCCUUUGAACUGUAUUCGCAAUGAGAAAUUUGAGGUAGGAAUCAAGGUAUACAGCAGAGCCGAAGUGGUGGCUAUGGAGUGGGUAGUGCAAGAGGUUCUUAGCUUCCAGUGCUUCCUCCCCACCAUUUACAACUUCUUAUGGUUCUACCUGAAAGCUGCUAGAGCUAGUGAAACGGUGGAAAACACAGUGAAGUAUCUGGCACUAGUGACACUACUUGGCUGUGAGCAGUUGAGUUACUGGCCGUCAACCGUAGCUGCAGUGCUGGUUAUCCUCACAUUAUCUUCCAUGGGUCAGCAUGUCUCCUGUGACCUUAUCACACAGUCUCAUUCCAGAACCGAUGAUCGUGAUCUACCCAAAUGCAUGAAGAGCUUGAAGUGUUUGCUGGGGUACAAAAAAAUCCAACGCGGAUAAGCAUCCAAAGGGUUAAACGCCUCCCAUUCUUUCCACCCGGAUUUCUCCUCAAUGCCAUUUCAGAAGGUCUCAACAACUGAUUGGCUUUAGCAUUCUUAUUUUUUGCAAGUGUAACUAUGUAUGACGACAGACAACAUAGAAGGAAAUAUAAUAUAGUCUUCACAAGGAA